CGACCCUGGACAUCCGGCACGGAUUUAACCGACGUAAGAUACGAUGGUCGCUCGCCGCGCAGGACAUUUGUUUCACGAAUGUCUGGCAUUCCUACUUUUUCAUGCUCGGCAAGUGCAUACCCAUCGUCCGAGGUGAUGGCGUGUAUCAGGAAGCCAUGGACUUCUGCAUCGAAAAGCUGGCCCUCGGCGAGUGGGUGCACGUCUUUCCCGAGGGAAAAGUCAAUAUGCUUAAGGAAGAAAUGAGGUUGAAAUGGGGUGUGGGUAGAUUAAUAUUAGAAUCGCCCGUUACGCCUAUCGUAAUUCCUAUCUGUCAUCUCGGUAUGGAUGAAGUACUUCCCAACGAGCCGCCGUAUAUGCUUAAAGUGGGAAAAAGAGUUACCAUGAAUUACGGUGAGCCCAUAGAUUUUAGCGGAUUGCUGGCCGAAUUGCGGGAUUCAAAAGCGAGUGAGAUGGAAGCGCGAAAAGCGAUAACUGAUCGCAUUCACCAGGAGCUUUUAAGAUUGAAAGCAGCAACGGAAAAGCUUCACGCUAAGUUAUGACGAAGAUGAUACCUUUUCCGUCGUCCUUCCGUCUAGCCAAAAAUAUAAAGAGAAAUUGAUACGUUAACAAAAGUGAGAUUUGUAUAUGUAAACGUAAAUCUGUGCGAAAUCAGUUUCCUUUUUAAUGCGUACAUUCGUAUUGUAAUAGUAUUUUUGACAAUAUUGAGUAACGUAACGUAAGCAUCAAUUGUGUAAGAAGUCAUUCUACGACCUAUGACGUUUCCAUCGUUUUUGUAAUUAUUCCACGUAACUCUCCGAGAGAUCACUUGACACACGCCUACAUAAUGUAUCCGAAAAGUUGCGCACUUGAUAUACUCUUGCAAUUUUAGAUAAUCUUCGAUUAAUAUAAAAUUGAGAUUGUGUGUUUCAUCUAUGAGAUUUAUUUUGUUACAUUAAUCUAAAGUAUAGACUUAUUAAUAAACUUUAUUUUUUAUUCCUAUUGGUUUCAUUACAGAGAUUUAAUUUUUAAGUUAUAAAUAGUGACAGCAAUGAACAAAGAGUUGAUUGCAACUUUGUCAAAGAUUUGUAGCGAAAUAAAAGUGCACGAGCUUUCGAUACAUUUUUUUGCUAAUAUAUUCCUUCUCGGAGAGUUAGAUAUUUCUUGGAUAACGUCUAUUAUACCGCCUUGUAUAAUAUUUUAUAAAUAUCUAUAUACAGAAUGUCCCACUUCUCGCGCGCAAAAGUAGGAUCUCUUGUAUAUGUGUAUUACAUAUGUACAUAGUACGAAUAAUUAUAACACUAUCAUUAUGAUUUUACGAUGAUUGUCAAUAAAAGUUUUGAUAGUACAAGCGGAGACUACGUAAUGUGCAACUGAGGUUUAAUGUAACUAUAAAAAGAAUCGUGCCAGUACCUCAUCCAUUAAUUUUAUUUUUGGAGAUCUAAGGUGUCACUAUUAGCGCGAGUAUAGCGCACACUUGGCCAUUAUUGAUUAUAUGCUUCGCGCUCUCGUUACAAGCACCGUGCCAAUUAAUCGAUUUGUACUCGUUUUGCUAAGAGUGUAAUAGGUAUUCACGUUUGCAGUUGAGAUAAAUGAGCACUGCAACUAAUGCACAGUGCGUGGAAGAUAUCACUCGUAAGUCGUAAUGUUGUAAUUUUAAAAUUUGCAUAAAAACUCGUUUAAAAAGCGUGGAUGUAGAUGCAGCAUGAACGGGAAAUGAUUUUUGCUACUUUGUUCGAUAGCUGUGAAAGAAAAAAAGCCAAUGUAUUCGUUCGCCGAUGAUGCAUGAUUUUUUUGGGAUAUUUAUUGCGAUAUAUUUAAGUCGUUACAACAGCUGUUAUUAUGACAAUCGCAUAUCUAUGUACGCUCCCGUGCGUGUGCGUAUAUACACAAUGUCGAAUACACAUACUUUUAUACUAUACACACGGACUGCUAUCAAAAUUUUUGGGGCUAUUCGAACGUGAUAAAUUUAUAUGUAUCAUAUACUUGUUGAAUAUAUUAUUAAGUAUUAAAAUAUCGUCUUUCUCUAUCGUCUGAAAUAAAAUUGUCUUGUUUGUUUUAUCGUUUGACAUUUCUCUUAA